CCCCCCCCCUUGAAUAAUAUGACGUCAUGGAUUUAGGCCCAUGUGAUAUGUAUACGUAUGUUUACUGAAUAAUCUCGUGAAAAACACGCACACAGUCAGUUCCUGGAUGUACCACAAGAGGGAGCACACUCGUUUGAUCAGAUAUAAUUAUGCAAAUCAUGCUUUAUUGUUCAUAGUGGGGAUUUCCAAAGUUAAAUUGAUAUUGAGGGUGGGAAUUUCCAACGCGAUUGCCUUUGCUGUAAGUAGGACAUAUACUUAUAUUUCAAUUCAUUAUACCAUUCGUGGCAUUCUUUAAGCUAUAUAGUUGAAGAGAAUUCCCAUAUGCUAGAUUAAAAUAUGGCGGCAGAGGCUGUGGAAAAACUCAAUCGUGAACUGGACUGUGCUGUUUGCAUAAACACCUUAAAGAAUCCUAAAUCUUUAUCUUGUGGACAUUCUUUCUGCGAAGAAUGCCUGAAACAAUGUGAUCGAGUUCGCCCGGGUUCGAUCAAGUGUCCUAUGUGCAGAGAAACAAUUACCCUUCCAGUGGACGGUGUGUCAGGUCUGAAGUCAGAUCCACUGAUAAGCAGGGUCAUCGAAGUUCUAGAGGCUAAGAAGAACUCGACCGAAAUAGCCUGCGACGCCUGUGGGGACAGCGAUUCGAUUCUGACAACAUAUUGUAGAGAUUGUCUCAAUUUCAUCUGCGACUCAUGUGCAUCUUCUCAUUCAAGAAUGAAAAUAUUAAUGAAAGAUCACCGACCAGUGCCCCUGGAGAAAAUCGUCAACGGUUCGGUAAAAAUCAAUUGGAUGGAAGAGGGUCUGUGGAGAAAGGCAUACGAGUGCGACGAGCACAUAGGUGAGAUACGGAGAUUCUUCUGCAGGACAUGUAAGAAACGGAUCUGCAGAGACUGCAUUGUUCUUGACCACACCAAGCCUGACCAUGACUGCACAACAGUGCAAAAGAUGUUUCUGGAAACACAGGAGAAGAUGAAAGAUCGUCUGGAAAAUUGUCAAAGUAAGCAGGAAUCUGUGGAGGCCAUACUCGGUGAGGUGGAGAAAAAGGAAGCAGAAAUAAACCAGCAGAUUCAUAACCUCAGAGAAAAUAUUCGGGACUUGAAAGCAAGGGCUGCAAUGAAUUUGAACAAAACUGAAGAGGAACUCCUGCAGAAGGUUGAAGUAUUUGAGGGAAAGCUCAAUCUCAAACUGAAUGCGUUCAGAGACAAUUUGAAAACAUCUACAGAUAUCCUGACAAGGCUACAAAUAAAAGCUAAUGACAUCAUUUCAGCAAAGCAGGUGGCCGACCUCUCGAGGGGUCCUUUCUUGCCCGAGGAAGUCCUUAAAGAACUCGAAGAGGAGAUCGCGUCAGAAGUCACGAUGACAAUUUCUAGGGAUCUCCUGGCUUUAAGAGGUACCCUGGUUCAAGGGCCUAAUUUUCCGACGCCAGUGUCGCCGUUUGCUGCGUUGUUACUGCCGCCCUUUUGGCAAGAGAGCCAGAUGUUUCCUAUUCCUGAUAAAGACAUUGUGAAAACCUCAUGUGACGAUAAUGCUUUGUACGUUGCCUGUAAGAAUGGUAUUUAUAAGAAACUGUUGUCUUUCGAUGCUGAACCAUCAACCUGGACGAAGCUAAAUCAGGAUCAAAGCAUCAAACAGGUGGUAGAUAUGGCUAUAGCAGUGGAAAAGAGGAGACUAUCUGUCCUUGUUGAGACAACCGCUGGUGAUACGAAAUUCUUCCGAAUAAAACUGGAUGCAUUUUCCAAAUCCAAUCAAGUCUUCUUAAGUGCAAGUUCGUCGAUAUCAGUUUCGUCAUGUCAACUCAACAAUAACGCCCGGAUUGCUGUUGAUUUCCAAUCCCGUGAUGUCAUUACUGACAGCAAUCCUAUGGACGAUCAAGUUCAUAGCGAACCAGAAUAUCCUGCUUGUUCGCCAUUUGGGACACAUACGAAUUCUGCUUCAUUCAACUUCAAUACCCCAAGCGUGCCCACGUCGCAAUUUACCUUCGGCAUAUCUUCGAGUUCGACGGCAUUUGGUCAACCAAGUACUACCAAAAGUUCUUCAUCUGUUUCAGGGUUCAAGUUCUCUCCCACCGAUUCAGGAACGAAACGCAAAACGGCUUCACAGGAAAUAGAGAGCAAAGCAGGGUAUGGAUCAUCCACGUCAGUUACUGUCUAUCGGAGUCGCUCUAAGAAACUCCCUUCUCCUGCACCCAUGCCGGUCAAACAGGUCGGCGGUUUUGCGUUCGGCAGCUCUCCACUUUCUAAGGCCAGGGAUACCCCUGCUAAGGCAGAUCAACUUGAGUUCGAUAAUUUCAAGGUUCCUACUGAGAGGGUUAAAAGUCUUGCAGCCGCCAAGUCAGGUCGGUUGGUGUUCCUCCAAGGGGAUUUGAAAGCCGUCAUCAUCACUGAUGACAAUGGUACAAUCCAGCAAGUAAUCAAGGAACCGGGAAGGAUGUACCUGUCCAUCUCCUGCACAGAGAGUGACGCCCUCUACGUUCUAUCCGCAAGCUUGGGCAGCCGCACCAUUACUCUCACCAAGCAUUCCCUGAAUGAUGGUCGUAUUCUUGAGUACAUCAUAGACGAGCUCGAUGUAUCAGCAGAUUUCAAGUCAGAAGACUGGCCAGUGAUUGCUAACCAUGGAAAUGACCUCGUGGUCAUCAAUAUAGGAAAGGUGAUUCGUGUCUACUCAGCAAAGGAUUGGGAUAUAUUAGAUGGCAAUGACGGAGAUGGCAAUGAUUGGGAUAUAUUAGAUGACAGUGACGAAGAUCUCGAUCAAUUAAUCGAGGGUAACUAACCUGGACGAAUUGCAAACCCUAUGACAUUCUAACGUCCGAAAUUUCAUGGAUGUGGAGAUUGUUAGUUUUAUUAUAUUAUCAUUAUUAUUAGUUUAUCUCGUAUUCAACGUAGACCUAUAUGAAGAGCUUGAUUCCAAAAGGAGCUUAAUCCCCCACUUUUGACCAAAAUUGAUUUUUUUUAACUUUGCCGUGGGAAUGAAAUGCAACAUAUCGAUUUUGAUUUUUUUGGGGGGGAUGGGGGAAAGGUUCGUAAAAAUUUAUUUCAAAUUUGGGUUUUGUUCCAAAAGGAGCUAAAUCCACUAUACGGUUAUUUAAAAUUGGUUAUUUUUCCUAUUUUACAUAAAGUUAUGCAUUCAUAUUUUAGGUACAAGUUGUGUGUACAAGUCUAUACCAUCAGUGCAAAUAUUGCUGAAAUUAACAGAAUUUUGCAAUUUUUAAGAAUAUUAUUGGAUUUACCUACAUCAGAAAAAGUGUGAAUGUAUUCUGCUAGCCAUAUUUAUGCGUUUCGUGUUCAAUGUCCAAUAUCAAACAUGUUUAAAUAGGCAAAAAUUUACAUUUUACUAAGGUAAAAGGAGCU